GUUUCGGUUAGAUGCGCGUAGAAAAAUACGGAGAAAAACGGCGCAGUGCAUAUUUCUUGCUAAAGGCGCGUGUGAAAAUUGUGUAAAAAUCCAAUGAAAACCCAAUGAAAAUGCUAAAUAAAAUGCAGGAAAUAGUAAUAACAAGGAUAAUUACAAAAUCGAACACAAUCAGUGAAUAACAAUAAUUGAAAAUUUGCUUUUGAAAGUAUUACGAAAAGUGUGAAAACCAUGAUACAAAUUUCCAGCACUCGUUUAUAUUUUAUAUGAUAGUGUGUGUGUAUAUGUGUUAGCAUGUACAUAUGUGUGUAUAUAUGUAUGUAUGUUAGGAAUAAAAGCAAGUGGAAGAAUAAGCAUUAAGGGUAUUUUAAAGUAGCAGUAUUGGAAUCGACGAAAGGAAGCAGGAAAAGCGUAUACGCUAGUCCAAUAAGCCAAAACGGGAGCUACAGGAAGUAAUGGUGGAUAGAGGAAUGCAAAAGUUGAAUAUCUCUGGAAGUGGAAAUUUUACAAAGGCGUGAAAAAAUCGGCAACGAAGAUCGAAGAAUACUUUAAACUAUAGACAACGGUUACCUAGAUGGUGUUUGCCUACAGACUACUCACUACCUGGCCGCCAUCUUUAUAUGAGCGAUUGGUAUUGACUGGCCAGCUCACCAACAGCUAUAGCGUCGGCGUUCAAAAAGGAGACGCGCCCUGCUUUUGUCCCCAAUAAAUUUAAUGUCAUCGUCAAUCGUGUUGCUUUCACCAAUACUUCAUUCCAUUACACAGCAUUUAGAAAGCGUAUUUUUGAAGUUGUUGUUGUUAAGUUUAUUGGCUACCGACGGCGACGACGACGACAUUCCUUUAAACAUAACAGGGUUCGUACCGCAUACACCAACUGUGGUUGCUUCCCAUGGGAAUCGCGCUACACUUCAUCAGACACUUUGACGCGUUUAUAUAAAGCAUAAAAAAUGGCGAAUUCCGCACAAUAAAAGUCGAAAAUAAAAAACAAAAAACAAAAAAUAACACACGGCACAGGUGUUGAAUUUUCCAUACGCCAACGCUAAAACAAUUAUGUGCGUGUUAUGGAAAUAAUCAACAAAUACAGCAACAACAAGCUAACAGAAUAACAACAACGUUCAUAUAUGUGUAUAUCAGCAUACAUACAUGCAUAUGUAUGUAUGUAUAUAAAAGUGAUGACUACAGCCAACGUCGCGAUAUAUAGAACGAUUCAAUAUUGGUGAAUAUCGGCAUAAAAAAUAGAAAAUAAAAGUAAUAAUUGCAUUUCGGCUGCACCCGUGUCAACUUUCACCUCAGCGGUAAAUUAAACAAAAAAGGAAAAACAACCACCAUCACCCAGCUGCAAAGCAGAAAAGAGGCGCCGCCGAGAGGGGCGGUAUCAGCUGUCAUUCAAGUAUGUGUCAUGUUCGCAAGCACAUUACACUAUAUCGCCACAAAUGUAUGCAAAUUAAAUCAUAGGAAGGGUGAACAGGAAACAAUAAGACCCAACAAACAGCCGGCUGCAAAUUCUGUUUGAAGCAGAUUAGAAAACAGAAGCAGCAAAAAUAGCAACACCGGUAAUAGCAGCAACGCUGCUACACGGAUUAUGGGCUGUGGACAAAGCAAAAUCCAUUUAUAUCCCAGAAAAUCAAAGAGCAAAGCCAAUGGAAAGAAAGGAGGUCACGCUGACUCAGAUGCAGAAACAGAUGAGGAUGAAGGUCAUGUUGAAGAUACUGAGAAGUGUCAAAAUCGAGAACGUGAAAAGAAUGACGAAAAUGACGAGCAAAGCAAUAAAGAUGCACAAGAUAGUGAUGAGGAUGUCUCAGUGUCACUACUACGAGCCAAAAAUCUGUCUUUACUUCAAAGCCAGGAAAUUUCCACGAGCCAACAAAACUUUUUUCGAAUGCUCGAUAAAAAAAUUGAAGAGGGACCCGACUACGAUUCGUCCAGCGAGACAGAAAUCGCACUCGAGGAGGCACGAUUGAACGCUUUGGUGCAACAUUGGGAAUCAGCCAGUUUGACUGCCUCUAUAUGCUCCUCCGCUAGCCGCUCGCUGCAAACGACGCCGAUUCGCCAAGCACCCAUUAAACAGCUGACAAUGCCCAGAGCCAUGCUCCAGCCCACAGUCGCUGUGCCGGUACCAAUAUCAAUGCCCAUUCAGCAACCAGUGCUGGCAACUGACUACCUUGCGCAUGGGUCAUCACCGGCGGCGACUCAGUUGUCGACGGCAGCGGUGGCGGCCAGCGGUGCGUUGAAACAUGCCCAAGCGUCCCAACAGAUAGUUAUUUCGCAUAUGAACACCAAAAUGUUGCAGCAAAUGACCGUAUUGCCACAAAUGCCCCUAAAUAUGAUGCCUGAAACUUCCGCAUCUUCCGCUAAUUCGUCCAACGCUCUAACACUAAUGCAGGCACCUAACCCAACACAGCAGGCGCAAUUCACCCAACAUUUACUUGUAAGUGGUUCACCGCAACUAUUGAGUGGCAUGAAGACGAAUGUUAGCCCCAAACGCCUAAUGGAUGGGCGAUUGCUUAUGAAUUCCAGUCCGCUUGCACAACAAAUGCACACUGUAUCAACUCCGCUAUCCAACGCAUACAUGAUUGGCACAGCACAGUCAACGGCAGUUGCAGCGGUGUCAGCUGCCAACACUUAUGCAAACGGUGGCACCGGUAGUAGUUGCACGCCACAACCUACAAUGCCCAUACAAAUGGCAUAUUAUGGCCAACCAACGGGGCAGCAGCAAUAUCAACAACAGCAUCAAGCAACUACUGCGGCGAUGGCGAUGGCCACAAUGACAAUGACGGCAGCGCAAAACGACCAACAGACUCCACAAGGCCAAAGUCAGCCGUAUUACGGUGACCAAAUGCAAAUGCACACGAUGCAGCCGCCGACGGAAUACAAGUUCCCACCGGCUAUCAGCGUUCAACGCCUAGCUCCACAAGUUCAGCGACAACUACGCGAAACACAAGAACUGAUAAAAGACUCAUGCCCACAAUUGUUUGCAGCGGGUUAUGGCGGCAGUCCCGGACCACCGAUACGAAACCAAGCCAAAAAUCCAAACCGAAGACCCACCCUGGAGACCCAAUUCUCACAGGAAAGCUCGUGAUAUCUAUCUAAUUAAAAGAAACUCAGCGCCAAAAUUAACGUAGACGUUCGCAGCAGCAGUUAAGCCCAGCAUUCAGUGCCCCGAAACUACGCCACUUGGAAAUCGUCCAAGCAGUCCAAAGAACUAAGAUAUAUAAUACAUACUAUAUCAAUAAGAAUGAUUAAGUAACAAACAUAGUUAUAAUGGGCGGACUGCGGCGCCAACACAAAAUGACUCUCACAUUCUCAUUUCGACGUUAUUAAUCCUAUUCAUAACCAAAAAAAACAUACAUACAUACAUAUAAAAAGUAAUGAUAUAUUGAAAAAUAUAUAUAGAGAUACAUACAUACAUAUAUACAAAUGUAUAAGAAAAAGCUGAAAAUAAAUUUGAGAAAAAUUUAUUUGAGAGCAAGAACUACAUGUAUGCAAAUCGAGUCAAAUUCGAACAAAUUAAUAAAAUAUGAAUAAAAUAAUAACAAAUGUAUGCUGGGAUGCAAAAGAAGUAAAGUAAUUUUUAAAAAUAUUUAUUUUAUGUAUUGUAUUGUACUUAGCAUUAUUUUAGUAUAUCAUAAUUUGGUGUAUAAUAGUUUUUCUUAUAAUAAAACUGAUUACGUUUAGAGCAAAACAAACAACAUACAAACAACACACAAAAUAAA